ACGUCAAUUUUAAUUUCCCACUCCCAAAGUGAGGGGCAAGGUCGGGGGAUUGGAAAUAAAUCCAUUUGGGACGGUCUGGAGGGGCUGGGAUGGCAGAUUCCGGCAGAAAGAAUGUAGGAGGGAUAGGGUCACGAUGGGCUGAAUGGCCUUGCCAGCAUCAAAGAUGGCCGCCGCCCGCCGGACACACCCCGUAGGUCGGCAGCGCCGCCCGUGCCAGGACUUUGACGUCACGUCCUGACCUCGCCAAUGCGUACUUCCGGAGAGCGCUUUCGUUGGUGGGGGGAAACGCGGAAAAAAUUCCAAGAUGGCGGAUACCGAGACCGACGGAGCCGCCGGCGCCGCCGUUACCGGAGACGGGGAUGACACUCCAACCGGCGACGGAUCUCCCCCGCCGGUUCAGCUGACGGCCGAAGAAGCGCCAGAAGAGCCGAAGAAGAAAAUCGAUGUUCUCCUCAAAGCAGUGGGUGACACUCCAAUCAUGAAAAAGAAGAAGUGGGCAGUGGAGAGGUCACGGACGGUUCAGGGGCUCGGCCAAUUCAUCAAGAAAUUCCUCAAGGUCGAGGCAGAUGAACAGCUUGUGAGUGGCACCGGGAGGGAGGGAGGGAGUGUCGGCCUGGAUUAUGGAGCUCGAGUCCCCCCCUAG